UUCAGGGUAUCUUCUCCCUCCUCAUUGUCUCUUUUACCUUAUUGAAGCAGGUAAUGUGAGGAAAUGUGCAAGCCUUUAAUUGUGGACAGUUAUGGGAUUACAAUAGUGACACUGAUGCAAAGAUUGCUCUUGAAAAAGCAAUACAAAACAAGGAAAGAAUUGGGCUCGGAUGUAUAUCUACACUGAUAGAUAAAUAAUUUCUAUAGCUCGGCCGAAUAUCUCUUCAACACAUACUAUAAGAAGAGGAAUCUUUCUCAGAAAGCCAUCUACGAGUUUAGGAGCGCUAUGAAAAACACUUCUAAACAUAUGGAUGAACUUGAGAAAUUAGGGAUGAGACAGAAAACUCAUUAUCUAGAAAGAUCUCCUCCCACAAAGUGGGCACAAAGCUUGGAUGAAAUCGAAAUAGAGGUUAAAUUCAGCCUAAGACAUGGAGUCCCUGGCUGUAUUAAUGCAUACGACCUAAACAUUAACAUGACAAGAGACUCUUUAUAUCUCUCUGCCUUCUGUAUCGAAGGAGGAAUCAAGAUGAAAUAUGUCCUUGAUAUUAAACUCUGGGGAACUAUUGAUCCAGAAGAGUCAGAGUGGGAGAAGCUUGGAGUUGGAGAGAUUAGUAUCACAUUGGCCAAAGAUCCAACUCCAGCAAGAUGGCUCACUCUUUGUUUAGAUGAAAAACCUGAUAACCUCGUUCUUUGGUUUGAAAAGCAUCAAAUGCAUGCUUAUAGGCUGGAAGAGUUCGAAGAUGAUGAGUUUGAUGAAUAUGAAGGCUGGGAUAUAGAAAACGACGAAGAUGAUGAAGAAGAGGACAGAAUAAAAUCACAAAAAGCCAAAAAGUUGAAGGCAGAAGUCAAAGAAGAGAAAAAGACAAAAACUAAAACUAAAAAGAAGGCUUCAAAGAAGAGUAAAAAGUCUAAAAAAUCUAAAAAAUCGAAUAAAUCCAAAAAGAGCAAAAAGACUAAAAAGACCAAAAAACUUAAAAAGAAUGCUUAA